GUUCUCUACAGCUUCUACAUAUUCGACCGGCAUAGUAGGCCUGCAACACACACAGCGAAGUGUUCCAGCUAACAGCACCCAGCGGAGUGCAUAUACAGCCGCCGCUGGACCCCCCGACCGACCUCAUCCUCUGGCGCAUCUACGACCUCCAAAACCACCCGCCCUACCUCUAGCGCUUCCCUCACAUCCACAGCCCCCCAUGACGCCCCCUCCGCCUCCACACACAGAGGCCUCUCGCACGCGGACGACGAAAAGCUAAUCUUCGGGCUCGUCUUCUCGCUGCGCAACAUGGUCACCAAACUCGGCGGGAGCGACGACACCUUCCUCUCCUACCGCACCGGCGAGUACAAGCUGCACUACUACGAGACGCCCACGCGGAUGAAGUUUGUCAUGUUGACGGACACCAAGGUGCCGAAUCUGCGGCAGUACUUGUACCAGAUCUGGGCGAAUCUGUAUGUCGAGUAUGUGGUUAAGAAUCCGCUGGCGCCGACGGAACAUCCGGGCGGGGUGGGGGUGAGUAAUGAAUUGUUUGAGAGGGGGCUGGAGGCGUUUUUGGGGGCGGUGUUGCCUGCUUGAGGGGCGUGGAGGAUAGAGGGUGUUGAGAGGACACGUACAAGGCUUUGUACUGCUGGAAGCAUGGAGUCACGACAUGGAGACCUAGGUCACGAUUGCACACAGCAAGAUGCUCGACAAGCGACGUCGGUUCAGGGAGAUCGGCCCUGCUUGCUACACGGUAGCCUGUAUCAGACAUUGAGGUCAGGCCAAGCAUCGAGCCGGAGGCGCAGACCGAGGGUGAUAAGCUUGUGAAAAGCUUGUGAAAGCUUGGACAGCGAAAUGCCACAUGAUGAUACACAAACGAAUGCAAGACAU